AUGGUCCUAUGGUAUCCCCCUGAUGCACCUUGGGUGAAGCUGAACACAGACGGUGCCUUCUCUACAUCGACACUGGCGGCGAGAGAGGGAGGAUUGGUUUGUGGUUCUGAUGGAGGCCUUCUGCGGGCUUUUUGUGCUCCGAUAGCUGCAUCAUCGAGCUUUGAAGCGGAGCUUUUGGCUCUGAUUCUGGGUUUGGAGAUGGCUAUGGAGCUUUCUACUCACAUUUGGAUAGAGCUGGACUCAGCGGCUCUAGUUAGUUUGUUGUCAUCUAGACACUUUGGCUCCGCGGAUUUUAGACACCAUAUGGCUUUGAUCCGGAGCAUGACAACGCAGCGGCAUGUUCGAUUCUCACACAUCUACAGAGAAGGAAACCGGGCUGCUGAUUUUCAGGCUGGUAGGGGGGUCCAGACACCUGCUCUUACAUAUUUUGAUCCAAUCUCUGCGCCUCGGUACCUGAAGGCGCUAGUUAGGAUGGACCAGCUGGGAUAUCCUAACUUCUGUUUCCGACGUAAAGAUGUGGGUUGA